AUGUCGCAUCACAGCAAGCGCGACUCGGUUGCGAUGGGUACAACUAUGAGUACGCGUACAUUUGACGAGGACGACAACACAGCAGACAUCGAAUUCACAGCCGCGUUUCCCGCACCUCGACAUGGACUUGGGAUCGGACCUGGAACUGCAGCCGGAUUGAGGAAUGCGAGGCCGCGCAGACGACGUGCCGCGGCUGAUGUGGUGGGGUUUGCGAUCCAUGAGGAUCAACCAGCUGCAGGUGCCGGCGAUGGGGCAGGGGCGGGCGCUUUGAUGAAGGCGGUUCGACGGAACGCUGGUGUUAGUCCUGCCGCGCAUACCACGACUCGUACUGGGUCCAUGGCGACUGCCAGUGCAAUUGCCCAACCGCCUCAGCGACCGAAGAGGAAUGUUAAUUUGGCGGGGACUGUUCCGGUGGCUUCAGCUUCAACUUGGAAGGGCGCACCUGCCUCGACCCAUCAUGCUCAUGAGGCCAUCUACCAGCACGAUGUAUCGGAAAAGGCAAACAUACGCAUGGACGCCACGUCGCGUAGACUGUCGCAAGCGCCGAGACGACCGGUCGUCAAGGCUGAGGGUGCCAGAGUUGUUGCGCGGGCUUCUCCUCUACGGGAAGAAACGAUCUCGGUGCCGACUGUGGACGUUACGGUUCCAAAACCCACGGCCGCACGCCGAGGCACCAUUUAUAUCCCCUCCGAGGACACGACGAUGCCGAGCAUGUACAUGGGGAUGUUCAGCCCGAUCAAGGAUCUUGACGUGGCCAAAGCAUCCAUGUCUGCGAUUGCUGAAGAUGUCGAAAUCACGGGUAUUGCGGCGCAAAUGCUUGCGAAGAAGCAGCGGGAUGGGCGGAAGUCAGUGAGUACCAGGUCUCCCAAGAGAGGUGCAUUACAGGUUUCGUCGCGGAAUCUUCAGGAUAGUGCCGUUGCGGAGGACCGCUGGGGUCAAGGCGGUGGGAAGGAGAACGUGCCUCCUGGUCGAGCGGAGGUUGGCGACGAGAAGGUCAAAUUGACAAAGGGGACGUCGAUGGUUGAUGCACGAAGCACUGGUGGCGAGACCGCACCACGUCGACCUCAACUGCAGGCCACGAGAGUAUCUCGAUUGUAUGAAUAUACGGCGAGCGCAAGGACGAAAGCCAACGACAGGAAGAUUGAUCAACGCACCACUGCGAAGCCCAGCUGGAACGCUGGCCCGCGGCUGAAAACGAGUCAGCCAGUGCCUGUACGAACACAGCCGCCAGAGCCAAGAUCAAAUUCUGUGACAACACAGAGUGACGAGACGCAAACUAGGAAGCCGUCGAUGCCCAACCGCUUCGUUAUGCCCCGACUUGGGCUUCAGCAGCGGAUCAGAGAGAUAUACCCCGUGCUCAGUGACGAUCUUGCCGACCUCUCAAUGUACGAGGACAAUUGGCUAAAUCAUCAGGAGAUAGCGAUCACACAGCUCAUCAACAACCUCUUUGGGGCGUCCACGACGGUUCAGUCACCUAUGGAUUCGGAGAUGUUGAGAAUCCGACUGCUGGCGAGAUACGGCGGUGCAGAGAACGCCCUACUGUACAAGCGACUGCAGGGAGCACUGCUUUAUGGUUCCCUCUGUGUACCGUCCGAGAUCCUCAAGGGAGAAGGCCGCUUGAGUAGCGAUCUCGGGAGACGCAAGGCAUACACCGACCUCUGGCUUGACACGUACGACCUCUCCUGUCUUCAGUCAGCCGUCGAGGUUGUUGUUGGACGACACUGCACGAAGUCGCGGUCGUCGUCCUCGAGCCGCAGAAGUAGCGAUGGACGAAGUGUCAGCCGCCGUGCUUUGCAAGCGUUCAUUGAGACAUUUAUGAUCAAGAAUGAAGAUGGGACGCCAGACGAAGCCUGUGCAGACCGUGCCGCGUGGUCUUAUCAACGCACCUUACUUCGGAGCCUGAUGCUCAUCAAGCUUUUGGACAGCACAAAGGCUCUCCACCAAAGACUCUUUGGCGCCUGUCUCUUCCAACCUUCAUCGCAGUACAAGUCAUCUGCGAGCGUCGUCAGGGCUCUUUUUCAAGUGCUGAAUCCAAGCGCUGGGGAUCCGAUUCGAGCCUUGAGCCAUCUUGCAUACACGGUCAGUCACUCACAAUAUCCUCUCGAAGAAUACUCGUACCAGAUCGAGAACAUUGCAGUCGACCUGCGCGAUGGAGUACGGCUGACGAGGCUUGUGGAACUUCUCUUGUACCCAUCGGCAUCCAACUCGCUCGAACAUAUGGGUGAUGCAGAGUCAAGCACGACUGUUGUUCUACCAGACGGAGAGCUGCUGUUGCUGACAGAUGAGCAAUGUGACUGGCCUUUGUCCCAGCAUCUCAAGUUCCCCUGUCAUGGCCGGGCCACCAAAUUGUACAAUGCCCAGAUCGCGCUGAGUGCGCUUCACAGCGUCAAGGGCGUGGCUGCACUAGUCCAGGAUAUCAGCGCUGAAGACAUCGUCGAUGGCUAUCGGGAAAAGACCGUCAAACUGCUCUGGGGUCUGACCAGUAAAUGGGGGCUCAGUAGCUUGAUCGACUGGGAAGACGUCCAGCGUGAAAUCAAGAGACUCUGCCGGAUGGGCAACAGCAGCCAAGACAACGACUUCUAUGACAUGGUGGAAGAGGAAGAAGGUUAUGCUCGCCACAAAGUGCUGCUCAAGUCAUGGGCUCAGGCAAUUGCUAGCAAGAAAAGCAUCCCGGUCAAGAACUUGACGACCAGCUUCGCGGAUGGAAGAGUCUUUGAAGCCAUCGUGGACGAGUACGAAGGGUACGCUGCCGGCAAGGACAAGGACAAGGACUCGUCCACACAAAGUCGACCACUUUCCGCACGACUUCGUGGCCUUGGGUGCAGUGAGCAAUUCGCCAUGCUCUUCUCGCUCACUUCCCCUGAAUCGCCAAAUCGCACCCACCUCUUUGACCGGGACUUUGUGCUAGCCGCGCUGGCGUUCCUCUGCUCGAGGCUGCUGGGCCCAACCAAAGGCGUCAGAUCGGCCGUGACGAUCCAGAAGGCGUGGCGUUCAUAUUGGGCGCGAGUGCUCGAUGGGCGCAAGGUCAUGGUCAAGGCACUGGCGGAGGGAUGUGCCCAAUCUGUCCAAGACAGGGGCUGGAGGCGCAUGGCAGAAGCCGGUAGCUCUGCUCCUAGUAUGGAUUUGGCUAACGAUCAUGGGGUGGCUCAACGACGGGACCAGGCUGAGUCGGGCAGCAACGCUAAGGCCGGGAUUGCAUCUCCUGCAGAGACAGAGGAAGAAGACAUCUGGCUCAACAUCUGA